UUUUUGGAGGUCUUUGCCAAACAAACUGCCUGAACACCCAGUGGCUGAACAUGACCACCCGACUACGGCACAGACCUCUACUCGAGGAUGAAGAUGCUUCUGCUCUUAAACUCGGAGCAGAGUUCAAUAAUGCUGGUUGCUUACUGAUAUCCGAGGUUAAGUAUCUGCUGGAAAAUAGGGACAAGGAUGCGCCAGACACUGCUGUUUAUAACAAGACCCUUGAAUACGUGAAGACAUUUGCGAAAUUCAACACAACCGAUUCUGCCAGCGCGGUACGAGAAACCCUUCGACGCGAACCCGCAUUGACGCAAUUCGAAACCGCUCAAAUCGCCAAUUUGUGUCCCGUCGAUGCUGAGGAGGCAAAGAGCGUCAUCCCAAGUUUGGUAAAGAUUGAGGAUGAUAGAUUGCAAGCAUUACUCGACGAGAUACAGUUGAUGAGGAAGUUCCAGUCCUGAAUGAUAUCGGUCGUUGCCAUGUUAUCCGACGUUCAUUGCUGGUCCGCUGCUUUCCUGACAUGUCGUCGUCGACUUGCUCCAGUACUUUGGUACCCUCAAAGUACAUGCAUUUCGAGCCUCUAUCUGUGGGUUUCACAUCAUGGGGACUGAGUAAAGCAUAUUACUGCGGCCCUUUGUGCGUCAUUCAGGUACCAGUUCUACGGCGACCAUUGUACACUGCUCAAGCGUUUCAUCAUGCGAAUGCGUGCCUCAUAACAAUAAUAACAAGCCUAGAACAAUGUCAAAAACUUGAUAAUGCGUAUGUUUCUGUCCAUUGGCAAGCUUAAGG